AUGUCACAUCUGAUGAAACAAGACGAACACAUAGAUGAGAAUUUAAACAAAUCGACUAAAGAAGAAAAGAUUGCAAAUUAUUAUCGAUUGCUUGGUUCUGUUAUGAGUGCUAGAUUCUGUUUAGAAAACUCUUUACCAUUUUGUGGCCAUGAUGAAUCGGAAGAAUCUAAUUCUCAAGGAAUUUUUCUUUCGGUUUUAAAGCUGAUCAGUACCAAUCAUUCGGAAAUUGGUAAGUACACAUUGGGGAAAGCAAAAAAGAACAAUAAAUUGACAUCGCCAAUGAUACAGAAGGAGAUUAUUGAAUGUUUUGCGAAGGAAGUAACCAAAAACAUAUGUGAAGAAAUUAAAGAUGAUGUGUUUGGGUUAUUGGUUGAUGAAUCUAGUGACGUAUCUAUGAAGGAACAGAUGGCUGUAGUUGUUAGAUUUGUUGAUAAAUUUGGGGUUGUUAGAGAAAAUUUUAUUGGAAUUGUUCACGUGAGAGACACGGCUUCUUCAACUCUUAAAGAAGCCAUUGAUUCUUUAAUAGCAAAUAACCAGUUGAGCAUAAAACAAGUAAGGGGACAAGGUUAUGAUGGUGCAAGCAACAUACGGGGAGAAUUUAAUGGAUUAAAAGCUUUGAUUCUAAAAGAUAACCCGUCAGCAUAUUACAUCCAUUGUUUUGCUCAUCAACUUCAGUUGGUGAUUGUGGCGGUCGCAAAAAAACAUCCCGGUGUUAAAACUUUCUACGAAUACCUUUCCAUGGUUGUUACUACAGUUUCUGCUUCUUGCAAAUGGAAAGAUAUGAUAAGGGAGACAAAAAAAGCGAGAGUGGAAAAAGAAAUACUUGAAGGUGAGAUUAAGACGGGAAAAGGAUUAAACCAAGAGGUUUCCCUAGCACGAUCCGGUGAUACACGAUGGGGUUCACAUCAUAGAACAAUCAUCAGUUUGCUUAGGUUGUUUCCGGAAGUUGUUACGGUACUUCAAUAUGUUAAAGAAGAUGGAGAUUGUAGUCAACAACGAACAAAUGCAAAAGGUAUUCUAUCAUACUUUAAAAAACUUGAGUUUGUUUUUUAUAUGCACUUAAUGGGAGAUGUUUUAAGCUACACAAAUGCUCUCUCAAAACAUCUCCAACAAAAAGGUAAGGAUUUAUUAGAAGCGGCCAACUUGAUAAAUGGAACAAAACGAGCAUUAAAUGCUUUAAGAGAAAAUGGGUUUGAGUCGAUGUUGGAGAAAGUUACUUCCUUUUGUGAAAAAAACAAUAUUACGAUGGUAGACAUGACAGAAAGUUAUGGUAAUCCAAGAAACCGAAAGAAUGUCAUUACAAAUCUACAUCAUUUUGAAGUUGACAUUUUUAAUGAGGUUUUGGAUAUGCAACUUCAAGAAUUAGGAAAUCGAUUUAGUGAGGUAACAACUAGUUUGAUAAAAAAUAUGUCGGGUUUAAAUCCUUGUAACGGGUUUUCUAAGUUUGACCCAUCGAAGAUAUUGGCGUUUGCUGAGAUGUACCCGAAUGAUUUUACUACGAAAGAAUUAGGGACUCUUUUGGGUGAUAUUGAGUCAUUUCGUUACACUAUAAGCGAUGAUGUUAGAUUUGCUAACUUAAAUGGAAUAAGUGAUCUUGCUACUCUUAUGGUGGAAACCGGAACACAUAGUUCUUGUCCUUUGGUUUAUCGGGUAUAA